AUGUCCAACCAGGUGAUCUCAGCUGAAAAUGCUACAGUCGUCAUCCAAAUAAAUCCACUGAUAGGGCAAGAAAGUGCUGAAGGACAAGAUAAGAGAGGAACUUAUGCACCCCUCCAAGGGUUUCUUAAAGUACAACCAAAGACACUAGGGUCUGUGCAGAUUGUGACUGGAGUGGUGACCCUCCUGACCAAUAUUGUGCUCACCACUCAAGUCCCCAAUUAUGCUCUACCAGUCUUAAGUGUAAACUUCUUGGGAUCCUUCAUUUACAUCAUGGCUGGUUCUCUGUCUGUUGUUGUGGAAAAUAAACUCCAUUCCUGUGUGGUAAAAGCUUCGCUUGGAAUGAAUGUGGUCAGUGCCAUAAUCGCAGGCGCAGCUAUUAUUCUGAUCUCCUUCCAAUUGGAAUUUGUGAAGCAUUGGGGAUAUUUUUACAGAUAUGCAUCUGAAGAUUUUACUAAAUCUUUAGAUGAAGAUUUAUUAUCAGACUUUCAGGUUUUAGGUCGUGGAAUCAUUGGAAUAUUGCUGGUGUUCUCCAUCCUUCAGUUCAUCCUCUCCAUCGUCAUCUCGGGUUUUGCCUGCAAAGCAACCUGUGAUACAAACUCUUCAGUGGUUAAUGUUUCAUUAAAGCAGAGGGUUUCAGAGAAAGAAACAUCUCCACUUAACAUGCCACAACCACCAAGGAGAAAUUAACAGAAUGUAAAGAAAAUACUUAAGAUAAUAUUAAAUGGUAAAAUGGAGGUCAGAGGCCUUUUCUAAAAAUUUAUGGAAUGUGGUUUAAUUGAUAAAGUUAAAAGUGCUAAUUUUGAAUUUUUACUGGACUAAUAAUCAUAACAUGUUCACUCCGCGGAGAUCCUGAGGUCCAAAAUUUAUAAAGAUUUCAUUUUCACAAAAUGUAUUGUCAUGUUUUUGUUUUCUUGUUAUUCAGUCAUUCUUGAGAGUCGGGACAAAACAUGU